GAGUCCCCACAAGGAGACGCCAGGCAGACGAGGGGACACUAUAAAAGGGGCCUCAGCCCUCUCCGCAUCUGUCAUUCCAUCUUCAGCUGAUCUCUGAGCAUCAUGACGUCAAUACGGAAUUUUUUAAUCGCCUUCCUAGUGACGGGGAACGCCUUCUGUUCGCCCACCUACCAGGGUAGCAGCAGUGGAGCAGGGGCUCAUGGGGGUCUAGGAGGUCACGCCCUAACCAAUCACGCAUCACUGUCCAACCAUGCUUUAUCCAAUCACGGGGUUGGAAACGGUCAUACGGCAGGCUACGCAGGAUUGGCUGGUUUCAGUCACGCUGGCCCCUCAUUCACGGCAGGUCACGGUGCCCUGCUAAGUCAAGGUCACUCUCUGCUAGGUCAAGGUCACGGUGCUUUACUAGGUCAGGGUCACGGAGGCUCAAUAGUUGUAGGUCACGGAAAUCUGUUUAGUGGAGCCGGGGAUCACGGAAGUUCCUUCUCCAGCGGUCACGGAGCAGCUUACGGAGGAGAUGCCGGAAGUCACGGAGGAGGAGCCUCCUACACUGGAGGUCACGGAGGUGGCGGAGGAGGAGGAGGAGGUCAUGGUGCCGGCGAAGGUCACGGUCACGCAGUUCAUGUUGAUUAUUAUGCCGAGCCUCACUACGCCUUCGAGUACGAGGUGCACGACCCCCACACUCACGACGUGAAGUCGCAGCACGAGACCAGGAAGGGAGACACGGUCAAGGGAUUCUACAAACUGGUGGAGCCGGACGGCAGCAUCAGGGAGGUCCACUACACAGCUGACAAGCACAACGGAUUCAACGCCGUUGUCAAGAAGCACGGCAAGAGUGUGCAUCCUGCCCAUUAUGGAGGUCACCAAGGCGGUCAAGGUCACGGAGGUCACAGUCAAGGUCAUGCCACAAGUGGAGGGGGUGGUUAUCACCAGGAAAGCUACUGAGAGGGUUUGGAGAAUGAUGUGAAACGUGUUGAAGCUGAUAUGGAAAAUGUUUCUCUAUCAACAUUGUAUGUGAGGACUGAGAUGUGGUGUAGAUUAAGUUAGGUUAAGCUGUAUAUUAUUAAAGUUGUAUUUUCAUAGAA